UGAGCUACGUGCAGAGUUCACAUCUACCACCAAAAAUCUCAAUCGACCAUCCCAUGAAGACGUAUAUCAGGGGCGCGCACUUCUCAAUACAGUCUCAAGCGAUCUGGAGAGCGAAUUUAGUUUCGGUUUUACGAGCAUCCGUGAACUUACAGCCUGCGAUGCUUGUGUUUAUACGAUAAUUGAUUGGUUAAUAAUGCUCACGGAUUUAUGCACACUUAAAGACGUGACUGAUUUAUUUAUGGUCGCUUGUUAAAAGAAGAAGGUAGAAGGUAUAUUAUAUUGCGGAGGCGCUGAAUUUGAGCUCUUUCAUCUGUUUGGGUUCGUGGUCGAGCAAGAGGGAGGAGUGGCGGAGAAAAGGCUGGCUCCUGAAUUCUGAAUCCAGCCUAAAAUCCACAAAGAUGCUAUAUCUGCCAGUGUUAUCCAUGACCUCAGAUUUACAGCAUUACAGUUUCAGGAUGCCGAAUAUAGGGUUCCAGAACCUUCCCCUCAAUAUCUACAUUGUCGUCUUCGGGACGGCCAUUUUCGUCUUCAUCCUCAGCCUACUCUUCUGCUGCUACCUGAUAAGGUUACGGCACCAGGCACACAAAGAGCUCUAUGCAUACAAGCAGGUUAUUCAAAAGGAAAAGGUCAAAGAAUUAAAUUUGCAUGAGAUUUGUGCGGUGUGUUUGGAGGAAUUUAAGCAGAAAGAUGAGUUGGGAAUCUGCCCGUGUAAACAUGCCUUUCACAGAAAGUGCCUUAUUAAAUGGCUGGAGGUGAGGAAGGUAUGCCCGCUGUGCAACAUGCCCGUCUUGCAGCUGGCGCAGCAGCAGAGCAUGUCCGAAUCUGUGCCCCCAACGCAGCAGCCUCUGCCCGGAGUGGAGAACCUGGUGUAGCCCCUCCAGUUUCUCCUAAAAAUGUGACCACCACUACCUUCACACUCCCUCCUGUACAGGUACACGCUCCUAUCCAAGGACAGAGCACAGGAUUUGUGCCCAGAGCCACGGUGACCUGUGCCUUGGUGGCUUUACAAAGGAUUUUUUUUUUUCCAAAUUACAAUAUAGAUGAAUAAUCGAUCUUAUUUGGGUUAAGCUUUUUGUCCUGUGGGAUAAUGAAGAAGAAUUGAGUUUACAUGGCCAAGCCAUGUGUAUUAAAGUAACCGUUCCACGCCAAAGCACUUUUUUGAAGACGCCGGUGAGAGGCAAAAAAAAAGGACUAAAAAAAUAACACAUUAAGAAAAACAAAAACUACUUUUCUAAUAAAAAGCUUCUUUUUUUUUAACAAGCACUUUACACAAAACUCAAACCUAGUUGCUUGUCAUAGUAGCAGGAUCUUGUUUUAUAUUUUAUGAUUUCAAACUUUUUUAGAGCCACAGAGCAAACCAUUGGUUUUAUUUUCAUUAGAGAGGGUUACGUUUAUACUGUAUAUUAAAGGGACAGCAGCUCUCAAGUGUGUAUAUGUUUGUUUAUGUUUUAAAGUCAGUAGAACGGCUGUAUCGGGAGAUAUGGUUCGCAGUGACAUUUAGCUGGUGGCCAAAACAAAUGUGAAUGCAGAGAUUGUCUUAUUAAGGUCAGGAUGUGACCCAGCAGUAUUUGAUCUGUGUUUUGUGGGCAUCUUUACAUUUAGGGAUGUGUUAAAUACACACACACACAGGCCAUAUCUGAUAUGAAUUUGAACCAAAAAAACAAAUUUAAUCUGAAAUGUCCCAUUAUAUACCCCAGGUACCUUUAUGCUCCAGGUACUGCUGAGGUGUAUAAUAGUUUCUUAGUUAUUACAUAUCUCCCAUGAAGCUGUGGCUCUAUGCAAAGCAGCAAAUGUGUGUGUGUUGUGUCUGUGUGUGCUCAUACUGGCUCUCAUAUUGUGCUGCAUAGCGUUCUGAAAAUAUACUUGGCAUAAACCCCCAGAUCUGUCUCUGACAAAUAUUAAUAAAUGAAAUGCUGCUCUAGUGAGGCAAAUCGAACUAGACAUGCUACAGAAACAAACUCCGAUUUGACCUGAAGUCACAUUCACAGUCUAGUCUAGUAUCAUUCCAGCAUCAUUCAGUGAAUCAGUCCAGCACAACACAGAAUCCAAUGACCGGCAGGUGGAUUCAGUCAGCAGGAUGGGCCGUUCUUUAUUCUUUGUAACAGAAUAGAAGCUCUGGCUCUUUCCUGCGCUAUUAUACAGCUAUUUUGCAGGGUCAUACCAUCAACCUCCUAUAGGGUCUGUCUGGGUCUCUGUGCCCUCCAUGUUAAGCCAGCUUAGAAGGGAAUUAUGGCCGCAAAACAAGAAAUGAUGCCUUCAUUUUGUUGCCAAGUAGAAUUACUAACACAAGAAAUGUUUCUUCUAAAUCCAAACAGAAUCAGAAGUAGUUUGUUUUAAAGUGCUGUCUGGUCUUGGUUUGAAUGGUGUACUGCUCAUUCUUUGCUGAGCAAACUUCAAACCAAGUUCUGUGAUGUAUUUUUGUGUUUUUGAGAGGUUAGAUUCAGAUUGUGAAUUAAGUUAAGCUUAUUUAAUGAGAUUUUAUUUUUUAAUUUUUCUAUUUUCUUUUUCUGGUACUGUCUUAACAAAAUGUAAAACACUGAGGGUUUCUUUUUGACUUGUAAUUCUUAUCAUGGACAAAUAUUGUUGAGUCCUAAAUUAGGAUCUCUCGUUCAUCUCUGUGGCAUCUGUAACACAGCAGGUCUUAAAAAGUCACUCUGAUCACGAAUGUAUGCAUAUAGAGAGCUGUGGUUCAACUGUGUCAAUAUAAUGUGAAAGUAGUUGAUUGUGUCUAAAAUCAAAAAUUACAUUACUGCACUUUUUCAUAUUCUUCCGUUUUGGUGGUAUUGCCGCCUCUCCAUUGAGGCAGAACUAAAAUGGGGCAAAAAAAAAAACAAGAGAAAAAGAAAAAGAAAAAAAAAAGUUAUUUAUUGUGUGCUUAAGUUUAAAACCCAUAACAUUUCAGUAGUGCUUUCUAACUGCUCUAAGUUAGCGCUAAUGCAGAUUAGGAGAAGAAAGGCUUUGUGGACAUUGUUAAAACCUAUUUCAAAAUCCACAUUCAGUUUGAAAACAGAUCUAGAAAACAGGAGGUCAAAUUAGCAUAAUUAUACAGUGAGCGAGAGGUUACAUUUUUGUUUAAUAUAUUCAAACUAACGCUUUUCACUGAUCGAGUGCCAUAUCUGGUUGACCAGUUGUAUUUUGGAUUUCAGUUUCACUCUGGAAUUUCUGUUUGUUCCUAACAGGCUUUUUAGACUCGAUAAACACUAUAUUGUGUGGGGGGAAAGCUGUUGAGAAAAAAUAUUUCUGUAGUAAAGUACACUGUAAAAAAAAAAUGUUGAUUCAACUUAAAAUAAUUUGUUUCUCGGCUGCCUUAACAUUUUAAGUUCUGUCAACUCAAAAAAUUUUAGUCAACUUGAAAAUGUUAAGAAGUACUAAAUGACAACUUAGAUAUUUGAGUUCAUUCAACUUAAAAUUUUAAGGCAGCUGGGUAACAAGCUUAGCCUUUACGUUUAACAAACCAAAUUGUUUGUUUAGUCAACUCAAAUAUCUAAGUUUUCACUUAGUACAACUUAACAUUUCAAAUUGACUAAACUUAUUUGAGUUGACUGAACUUAAAAUUUUAAGGUUGCAGGGUAACAAAUUAUUUUAAGUUGACUCAACAAUUUUUUUUUUUAUUUUUUGUUGUUCUUUACAGUGUAGCUGUUAUUUUAUAGAAUAUGGUUGAGAGUCACUAAGGCACAUAAUGUAAUUCAAACUUUUUUUAAUACAUGAUUAUUAUCAAAACUGAACUGCCAAUGUAUCAACUAUCACAAAGUCAUUGUGAACCACCAUGACAAUGCGAUAUGUUCUUUCAACUCCUCACACCACUCUUUUGCCUCAUUCUGAGAUGACCUAUUCUUGCUUUACCCCCACUAUUGUGACCUCACAAGUAAACAUGAGCCCUACCCCCUUACCACAGUCUUGUUUUAACACUGCUAAUGUUUGUGAAUCUCACAAACAUGUUUGUAAAAGUAAGAAUUCUGCAGCAGAAUAUUUUCUGUACAGUAUUUGUAAACUAUAUUUUUGUAUAUUUAAUCAACAUUUUGAAGAAAAUAAAAAAAAUUGCAAA